AUGACAUCUCCAUCAACACGAAAAUUAUGUUCGACAAUUAGUGGAUGCAAACAAACAGCUGCCACUAAUUGCGAAGGUUGUUUACAAGCUUUUUGUACUAAACAUUUUAGCGAUCAUCGUCAUUUACUUAGCGAAGAGAUGAAUGCAAUCAUAAGUGAACAUAAUCGUCUUCAAGAUACAUUAAAUCAAUCAACAGAACCUAAUUCACAUCCUUUCAUUAAAAAAAUUGAUGAAUGGGAAAAAGAAUCGAUCGUUAAAAUUCAACAAAAAGCAGAAGAACUACGACUUGAGUUAUUCAAACUGGUAUCAAUGCGUAAUGAUGAAGUUUUGAGUACACUUCAACAAUUAUCGGAAGAAUUGAACGAAAGUCAAGCAACUGAUAAUUUCAUUGAGAUUGAUCUUCAAGAAUGGAAGAUUACUCUAAACAACCUAAAAGCAAAACUUGAUUCAUCAUCAGCAUUUUUAUUUAAUGUACGUGAUGAUUUGCCACUAGUGCAAGACAUUUCUAUCAUGUUUACAAUAGAAAAUGAAUUAUUUGAACAAGUAUUUGAUAAUACUGUACAGAUUAAGCAAUGCAGACAAGUAAUAAUUCAUGAUACAUCACAUAAUUACACAGAGCUUCGAGGAAAAAACGAAUAUACAACUGGUCGUCAUAGAAUUCGUCUAUGUAUUGAACAAUCCGAUGAUAGGUGGACAUUUCUAGGAAUUACAUCGAAAUCAACGCUUUUACAAAAACAGUCAAGCAGUUCGAAAUCAUCUUAUGGAUGGACUAAUAAUAACUAUUUUUGGAUAAAUGGAGAAUGCCAUCCAAAUCAAUCCAGUGAUCGUAUUGAGAUGAAAACGAAUGAUAUAAUUACUUUAAUAUUUGAUUGUAAUAAUCAUAAAAUUUCGAUGAUCAAUGAGCGAACAAAUGCAAAGUAUGAAUUACUUGUCAAUACCGAUCAUUGUUCAUUUCCUUGGCAAUUUCAUGUCAAUCUAUAUGAAGCAAACAGUCGUAUACGCAUAUUAUCAAUUUAA